GGAAUAAAAGUGAAACUUUAAUCUAAGAGCAAUGAACAGAUAAGAUCUAAUUAUUAUGCUUUAUCGGCUACGAAAGUUUUAAAGCACAACAAAUAAUUUUUUUUUGUAUUUUCAGCCCGAGGCAGGUUCAUCUCUGAAAAAAUCUAUACUUGAAAUAAAUCAAGUUGUUAUAUCUAAAAUGUACACCCCUAUCCUAAUGUCAGUUGACGUUCGCCAGAUAGACGAACGAAGAGUUAGCCGAAUGGCUCAAACGAUCUGAGAAAUACAUGAGACGAUCAGUCUACUUUGAUACUCCAACUCGAUCAGUUGUAAUCCUCGACGAUAUCACAGUGUCUACAGUCUUUCUGCAAUUUACAGUUUCCACUUAGUCCGCUUUCGGUUUUCGCUUCUGUAAACGGUUGCAUAAUUAUAAAAGUGACGACGAGGAAGUUACCAGUUUCACGCGUGCAGUAAGAAAAUAGUGUUUUCACCACAAAUACAUCAUCCACCGGAAUAACCAGCAUCGUGCAAGGGAAAAUCGUGAUCGCUGCGGCAGUCACACUAGCAGAUCGUUGGGGGAUUUUGUCUUAGCGAGCAGCUGAAAGUAAGGUAAAACCCGUCCGUGUGGAGAAGGUUCGUUUCGCGUCGGUAGAAAUCCGGACAAACCGGCCCGUGGCCAAAACCGUAAGUACGAAGCAAAGGAAUAGAAAUAUAUACAGAAAAACGCUUCAGUGUCGUGAUUUCGCCAUUUUAUGAAGAAGCGUCAUUUUGGGUGCAAUUGCAUGCAGUUGAAAAUUGAAAAGGCCUUUUCAUCUUAUUGAGUGGUAGCGAACAAUAGGGUGAUUCAUAAAAACGAUUGUUUUGUCUCCCAAUUACCUAACAAAUAAUUAUUUAUUGUUCUAUUGUAUAAGCAAUUGAUAUUCUUUAUUUCUUUACUAAACUUUAUAAAGGUCGAAAUCAAUAAAAACUAUUCUUUGCGACACAAGGGUGAAACCAGAUUCGGGCGGCGAAAAGAAAAAUCCUAUCUCUGAGAAUCAGACGGAAGCGUGAAGCGGCUAAAUAGUACUUAGAACUAAAUCGUUCUGGUAGAAAUUGUCGACCAAAUACCUGCACAUUAGGACAAUGAGUACCAGUGUAGCCUUUUCAUUGGAACCCUAUCGCAAGGGAACGUCGUUCAAUGAUUGGUUUACCAGGUUGAAAUAUUUCUUCCUGGUAAACAAGGUAAAAGAAGAAGACAAGAUGGCCUACUUCAUUACCAUGAGUGGUCAGGCAAUAUUUUCUGAGAUCAAGCUUUUGUUUCCGGCGGGAAAUUUUGAGGAGGCGACUUUGGAAGAUAUAGUUUCAAAAUUAAAAAAUCGUUUGGACAAAACGGAUCCGGACCUGGUCCAAAGAUAUAAAUUCAGUACCCGAAUCCAAGGGCCGGAUGAAAGCACUGAGGAUUUUAUUUUGAACUUGAAACUUCAGGCGGAAUUUUGUGGAUUCGACAAUUUCAAAGAAGUCGCUAUCCUUGACCGUCUCAUUGCCGGCAUUAGCGAUAAGAAAUUGAGGCAAAGGCUACUGGGAGAAGAUAAUUUGACUUUAACCAACGCAGAAAAAUUGAUUGCUACAUGGGAGGUUGCUAGAGCAAAUGCGGGUACGGCCGAUCAACUGGCCCCAGGGCAUUCAAGCUUCGUGGCUGCAAUAAAGAAAAGUCCGAAUGAACAUCUGGGGGUGGCAGCAACUAGAUUAGCCAAAGUUUAUGAAUUUUCAAAAAAAAACCAGGGGUUUUCCAGUGAGGAUAGGGAAGGCUUUAUUAGAAGGCCGGUAAAAAGCCGAUUAGGGUUCAGACCGCUGGAGCGAUGGCAACAAUCUUACAAAGGUGGACAAGGAUAUGAAGCGAGGAAUUCCCGACAGCAAGAAGGACGACUGGGAGGACGACAAUGGCCAAGGCCCGACUACUCACAAAUGAUAUGCCAUUUCUGUGGGGUGAAGGGCCACAUCCGAAAGAAAUGCUUUAAACUGAAGAACCUCAAUCGGGACGCGGUAAAUUUGGUAGAGUCCUACAAACCAGGACCCUCAGCAGACCGUCACAUCACAGAGCUAUUAGAGAGAAUGAGAACUAGAGAUGACGAGGACGAUGAAGGCAGCGAUUCAGAUAUGUAUUGGAAGCGUGGUCGCAAUGGCGCACCGGAAGCAGAUGAGAGUCUGUAGAAAAGCAAUGCCCUGGCUGCAACCGAACGUUCUAGUAACGAGAGAAGAGCAUCACGACACAAUGAAUAACGAUUCGAGGACUCCUGACGACGAGCCGCCCAGUGGCGAUGGAACAGCGGAGCGGGCUCCGAAGGGAGGAACGAAACGGAGACGUCUGGAAUCAGGAAGCAAUCAGGGAGAGUUACGUAGAUCAAAACGCCAAAAGAAAAAUAACCGUAGUGAUGAUUUUUAUUACAAAUGAAUUACCUACAUUUUCGGAUAAGUCUUAGUGUUCAAUGAAAUUUGAAUUCGAUGUAUUUGUUACUCCAAUGUUUUAUAUUUUUUUGUACAAAUUUUGCGAUCGAUAUGUUUUCGCGUUCUGAAUGGUCUUUACAUAUGAAAGGGGGAAGAAUUGUUAUAUCUAAAAUGUACACCCCUAUCCUAAUGUCAGUUGACGUUCGCCAGAUAGACGAACGAAGAGUUAGCCGAAUGGCUCAAACGAUCUGAGAAAUACAUGAGACGAUCAGUCUACUUUGAUACUCCAACUCGAUCAGUUGUAAUCCUCGACGAUAUCACAGUGUCUACAGUCUUUCUGCAAUUUACAGUUUCCACUUAGUCCGCUUUCGGUUUUCG